AUGAAACUCACCACCGCGGUUUUCCUGGCGGCAUUCGUCCUGGCGCCGGCCGUCUGGGGCGCCUACGUGCGCUGCGCGCAUUGCCGCGACGUCACGGCCAUCGAGUCGCACCACUUUGGGCAGCAGCUAGUGCUGUGCGGGCACCCAGCGAGCAACGGACCGUGUCCCUUCAUGAUUAUCAGGAAGGUCGUGGCUUGCGGCAGCGGCGAAUGCGGCCUCCCUCCCCAUGGCGUCAAGUUCUCCGGCGCGGCCGAUACUAGGCACCGCCAUUGCUCGCAUGUCAAUUGGUACCCUCUCGACAACAAUGGCAACUACUUGCAACUGCCUGCUCCCCCCGCUGCGCCAUCAUCCUCAAGCCAACGUCAAGCCGCUCCAGCCUCACAUAAGCCUACUUAUACUUACCAUGAAUGGAUAUAA